UUGCGAAACGGUAUAAGAUAAAAAGGAAGGUUAAACAACUAUAAUGGAUCAAUUUCAAAUUAUACUUCACUUAACAGCUGCAAUUUUCCUUUGUGUACUGAUAAAUCCUUCAGUAACACAAGCCGAUGAUAUUGUACAAUUUCCAUAUGAAGCAAAGCCUUGCUCCUGUGUUCUGUUGACAUGUACUUGUUGUCAAGGUGUCCUUGUGACUCCUAUAUCUUUUUCUAAAACAGUCUGCAUGACAUUCAAAAUAAGCAUUUUACCAAUUAAAGCUGAUAUAACUAUCAAACUGGAUAACAGCACUAUUGCAGCUUUUGUUGUGGACCCCAAGAAUCCUCCAAAUUACUGUAUACCCAUACCAGACUCAGUUCCAGUAGCUAUGUGUGCUAAGUUACACGACAUCAAACUGAUUGGAUUGACUGCUCUACAAAUCUGUUCGACUUUCUAUGUCAACUACGAAACAAAUCAAGUUUUUACCAACAAAUUUCCUUGUAUAAAGCUUAGCACUACUGGCAUUGAUAUGAUGAGUAAAUAAUU